AUGGCAGCACACAUCUCCACCAGCGGGCAAAACAAUGUCCUGUACGACGCGACCAAGACCAACGAGAAGACAUACCCUAUCGCCGGCCUACCAAAGUCCAACAACUUCACCACCAAUCUUCCACCAGACCAGAACUUCCCUACUCCGUCCAGUUCGCAUGCUGCAGAGCGAAAAGAGCUCGGCCCUCGUCUGGUCAAAGGCGCCCUCUACACAUACGUCCGCCCCGACCCGCCUACAAAGUACGAAGUCCUCGCCGUGUCGCCUGCCGCACUCCAAACUCUCGCCAUCGACCCCUCUUCGACAGACUCACAGGAAUUCAAAGACACAGUAUCUGGCAGCAAGAUUUUGACAUGGGACGAGGCCAAGGCUUCAGAAAGAGAACAGAUAUAUCCUUGGGCACAAUGUUAUGGCGGCUACCAGUUUGGUCAAUGGGCAGGUCAGCUAGGCGACGGCCGCGCUAUAUCCUUAUUCGAGGCCACAAACCCCAACUCAGACGUCCGCUACGAGGUUCAGCUCAAAGGUGCAGGCAAAACGCCGUACAGUCGUUUCGCCGAUGGCAAAGCUGUUCUGCGAAGCAGCAUCAGAGAGUUUGUGGUUAGCGAGAGCUUGCAUGCUUUGGGAAUCCCUUCUACUCGAGCACUGGCUUUGACCUUUACCCCUGAGAACAAGGCUUUGAGAGAGCGUAUCGAGCCUGGUGCCAUUGUCACCCGUUUCGCUCAAAGCUGGCUGCGUUUCGGUACUUUCGACCUUCUACGCUCUCGUGGUGAUCGAGCUCUGAUCCGGAAGCUGGCCACAUAUGUUGCUGAAGACGUCUUUGGUGGUUGGAAGAACCUUCCAGGUGCUUUGAAAGAAGGCGAUGUCGCCGAGACGGCCACUAACCCAGACCGCGGUUUUGCGGAUACCAUCGUACAGGGCGAGAACGAACACGAAGAGAACCGCUUCACACGUCUUUACCGCGAGAUUGCCCGUCGAAAUGCAAAGACAGUCGCAUAUUGGCAAGCCUACGCUUUUACAAACGGCGUGCUGAACACAGACAACACGUCCAUCUUCGGCCUAUCUAUCGACUUUGGCCCCUUUGCCUUCCUUGACAACUUCGACCCCAGCUAUACGCCUAACCACGACGACCACAUGCUUCGUUACAGCUACCGCAACCAACCGAGCAUCAUCUGGUGGAAUUUGGUGCGUCUAGGCGAGGCAUUGGGCGAGUUGAUUGGUGCCGGAGCCCGCUGCGAUGACAACGAAUUCGUCACAGAAGGCGUCAGCAAGACCUGGGCGGACGAGCUGAUCAAGCGUGCCGAAACACUAAUCGAAAAGACUGGCGAAGAGUUCCGCGCAGUGUUCAUGGGAGAAUACAAGCGUCUCAUGUCUGCACGUCUCGGCCUCAAGCAAUGCAAGGAGUCCGACUUUGAAGUCCUCUUCUCCGAGCUACUGGACACGCUAGAGGCUUUGGAGCUCGAUUUCAACCACACUUUCCGCAAACUCAGCAAUAUCAACUUGUCAGAGAUCGAGUCUGAGGAACAGAGGAAGGAAGUUGCAGGCCGCUUCUUCCAUGGCGAAGGUCUCGGCAACACUGUAGGCGCAAGCGAAGACGAUGCCCGAACCAGAAUCGCAAAGUGGCUCGAACAAUGGCGCAACCGUGUCAUUGAAGAUUGGGGCGAAGGCAAGGAUGUCGAGCGCCAGGAGGCCAUGAAGAAGGUCAACCCCAAGUUCAUUCCCAGAUCAUGGAUCUUGGACGAGCUGAUCGACAGAGUAGAGAAGAAAGGCGAGCGUGAAAUUCUUCAAGGCGUCAUGAAGAUGGCACUCAAUCCUUUCGAAGAAUCAUGGGGCUGGAACAAGGAAGAGGAAGAUAGAUUCUGUGGUGAUGUGCCUCACAUCAAGCGUGCGAUGCAGUGCAGUUGCAGCUCUUGA